AUGCCGUCAUUGGAGCCAAUUACUCCUAAAAGGAGCGAGCCCUUGGACGCAGGUUCUGACGACGAAGCGGACCCGGAGUUGGUGGAGCUGCUCCGACAGCACUUCGGAUUGGGCGGGAAACAAAACAAGAAUCUCCCACCGGAGACCAAGGUGCUUGAGAGUGCCCAAUACGUGUUCGACAAUGCCAUUGACGUGGCUCUCAGCCCGGCCCAGACGAAGGAAGCUGCCGAGACGAUAUGGCGGCUGAUGCAGAAGAAGGCCUAUUCCACGCAGACCUGGUCGGAGCAUGAGCUCCAUCCGAAGAUCAAGGAUGAGAGCACGGUGGAUUUCAUCUUCACAAUGGACCUCUUGAACUUCAGCUUUUGGUCUGAGGAGAAGGAUCAGUCGAAGCGAUUUUCCAUUGAGUAUAAGGGGAAGCGGUGGACCGGCUACUGGAGCUUGGUCGCUGCUCUCCAGCGGGCUCUCGAUGAAGAUAUUCCGAUUACUACGCCAGACUUCUGGGUUAACGAGGAAGAGUGUACAGAGGAGCUACUCCGGCAUGUCUUCCGCUCUGCCACAGAUGAGGACAUCCCCUUGUUCAAAGAGCGAGUACAGUGCCUGCGCGAGGCUGGCGAUGUCCUUUGCAAUGAAUUCGGUGGCAGUUUUGCCAACUGCAUCGACAGCGUUGACUACUCUGCUGCCGGCCUUGUCAAUCUAGUUGCCGAGAAUUUCGACUGCUUCCGCGACGAGACUGUCUUCCACGGCAGAAGGGUGCGGCUGUACAAGCGUGCCCAGAUCCUCGUUGCGGACCUUUGGGCCUGUUUCAAUGGUGAAGACUUCGGCGAGUUCCACGACAUUGACAAAAUCACCAUGUUUGCAGACUACCGUAUCCCCCAGAUGCUGCACCAACUCGGCUGCAUGCGCUAUUCGCCACCCCUGGAGUCUCACAUCCGCAGCCUGAAACCCAUAGUACCCGGAUCAAACUGGGAGAUCGAGCUUCGCGGUGCCAGUAUCUGGUGUGUGGAGCUGAUCAAGCGGGAAAUCGAGAAACGCCACCCGGAAGUGAAAUUAGCUGGUAAGAAAGGCGUCCGCAAGACCGACGAGAAUAACGAGAGCGACGCCCAGGACGCCCAGGAGCUCGUUGAAAAGGACGAACAUGCAAAGAAGACAUAUGGCAUCAAUGCAAUCUUGAUCGACUUCUUUUUGUACGAUACGAUGAAGGGGUUGGAGGAGGAGAAGAACGAGAGCAUCCCGCAUCAUCGGACUCGGAGCAUUUGGUAUUGA